CAACAGGAGAUCCAACAGCAAAUAGAGCAGUCACGCGUACAGCCAGAGCGCCAGGCGGCAGAGGACCAACGGAGACAGGCCGAAGCCAUUGAGACACAGACGCGGCUGUAUGAACGCUUACAGCAGGAGGCGUAUGCGGCCAGGGAUGAUCGUGAGAUGCAAGAUGUGCUGCGGUUGUCAAGGCAAUUGAGUACGUCAGAGCGAGACACGCUCACGGCCAUGUUCCCGAGUCUGAGCCUGGAGGUGAUUGAGAGUGUGCACGAACAGUGUGGGCUGGAUAUAAACGCCACGACAGAGGCUCUGUUGGAGGUUGCGGGGGUGUUUGACUGA